AUGACCAAAGUUGAAUGGAACGUUAUUGUGCUUGACAAGCCAGAUGCUGAUAGGACACCAGUGAGAGCGGAGCACGUUCAGGGAAUCCCGUCUACCGUAAAUGAUGGAAUUGUGACUUCUGUGGGUGCACUUUACAAGGAUGUGGAGAAAACCCAAUUUGCUGGAAGUACAUUUCAUUUAUACGCAGAGUCAAGAGAAGAAAUCCUUGAGUUCUUGAAGAAAGAUAUUUAUUACAAAGCUGGUAUCUGGGAUUUGGAUAGCGUAAUUGCCAACCCGGUAGGUAUUGCAGCCAGGAUCGGUAAGAGCAUGCCCGGAGUGAAGAUUUAG